AUGAUAAGCAUCGCGAAAAAACACAAGACUCAACUGGAAGCCCUAAAGGUUGACUCGGAGACUAAAUCUCUUCUUCCCACCUGGUACCAUAUCGGAGCCACGAAGGCACUCAAACGCCUGAACAAUACCGCUGUAAGCAAGUGCCUACGAAAUACACACGGUGUGAUCCUGAUAUCGGAUCUACUCAAAGUCACUGAAACAACGUGCGGUAACGAACCUACACCAGACAAUGACCUAAUCAACAACGGAUGCCUAUGCAUCGAAUGCCAAGCGAUGCGUACCAUUGGAUGCCGACACCCAGGCUCGUGCAAACUAGGAGCCUUCCGCAUCCUAAGUGAGAUUCUCCCAAAGUGGAACCCCCUCGUUCCGAAUGUACAGGAUGGCCUAACCCUAAUGGCAAGACGAGUGAAACAGAAUGAAAAAGCAGUCCUCAGUGACGGGGAUCGCCUCACCUUCGACCCAUCUAUCACCUCGAGAGGCGGCCUAUCCGAGCUCUUCCGCAUCUUCGUCAACCAAAGCACUGUAGAUCAUCCACCGUCAGUACGAAUCAAGACAGGUAGACAGGUGGCGGAAGAAGCGAUGGAGAUCUACGUCCUCGACACAUCGAAGAACUUCAAAUCAGAAACAAGAGGCAAAAUGAGGGAACCCUAUAAGCAAGCUGUGUUCUUCGGACGAGGAGAUGAACGCAACGCAAUCCUCCCACCUGUACGUGACAGGAUAUCACAAGCGAAGGUUCCAGGAUCAAUAGUGGCGACCCUGCACGCGGCACGCCAUGUCCCGUUGGACGUCCCCCUCCACUUCGUAUAUCAGGACAACGACAUCAUAUUCGAGGCCCUCUUUAAACACCUCCCGGAAUGGGAAGACAGAGGCUGGAUAGACGUACCCUUCCACAACCACCUCAAAGCCCUGGUAAGCACCCUACGCAGCCGAUGUGCGAUAACAUCAUUCCGGAGGAAGGCCAACGCAUCAGGAAAACCCUGA